UUUUGAUGAAUAAUAUCUGCGCGGGGCAGGGGCCGUGGCGCAGGCGGGGGCCGAGGCCGAGGGGCGCGGGCGGGCUGGGGCAGCCGGGGGGCGGCUCUCCCUCGGCGGCGGCAGCAGCUGAGACGCGGGCGGCGGGGAGCGGGCCGGAGGUGGCGGCGGCGGGGCCGGCUGCCGGCGGGCGAGGCGCGGUGCGGCGCGGCGCGGCCGCUCCGGAGAUGCCCUUGUGAGGCGCCCCGGGGGGCAGAGGCGGCAGGAGAGCGCUUCCUCGGAGCUGCCCCUCGGCGGGGCGGAGGAAAGCGCCCUCCCUCCGUUCACCAUUAAGAGGAAGGCGAUGGAGGAGCUGAGCGCGGAUGAGCUUUGUGAGCUAUGAACACUUCCUUUGGAUUCAACAAUAGGGAAGAUGGAUAUGGGGACGUGUAGCUGACAUGUUCUCAGAUUCGUCGAAGGCGCCUUGCUCGGUUGGCGGGUGGACCAUCUUCCCAGCCUACUACGCCCCUUACAUCACCCCAGAGAGAGACCCCACCUGGACCACCGGUAGUAGCACCAGCCCCGGGGCCAUCCCAUAGUCUAGGCCUAAAUGUCCAUAGCAUGACCCCAGCUACCUCUCCAAUUGGUGCAUCAGGAGUAGCCCACCGAAGCCAGAGCAGCGAAGGAGUGAGUUCACUCAGCAGUUCUCCAUCUAACAGCCUUGAAACACAAUCUCAGUCUCUCUCUCGGUCUCAAAGCAUGGAUAUCGAUAGUGUCUCCUGUGAGAAAAGUAUGUCCCAGGUAGAUGUGGAUUCAGGAAUUGAAAACAUGGAGGUCGAUGAGAAUGAUCGCAGAGAGAAAAGGAGUCUGACGGAUAAGGAACCUCUGUCUGGGUCUGAAGUAUCUGAGGAGCAAGCUUUACAGCUGGUCUGUAAGAUCUUCAGAGUCUCUUGGAAGGACCGAGACAGAGAUGUUAUCUUCCUGAAUUCACUUUCUGCCCAGUUUAAGCAGAACCCAAAGGAAGUGUUUUCAGAUUUUAAGGACUUGAUCGGGCAGAUUUUGAUGGAAGUGCUGAUGAUGUCCACCCAGUCAAGGGAUGAAAACCCAUUUGCUAGCCUGACAGCUACAUCGCAACCAAUUGCUGCAGCUGCCCGGUCUCCGGACAGAAGUCUGAUUUUAAACAUGGGCUCUAACCCAGGAAGCAGCCCUAUGUUCUGUAAUGUGGGCUCCUUUGGUUCCAGUUCGUUAUCCAGUCUCUAUGGGACUAGUCCAGCUCCUACUACCAAUGUCACAAGCUAUGUACCAAUGACUGGUUCAUCUCUUACCCCACCAGCCAGUUCAGUCGCCACUACAUCUGUGCCUUGCAUUACUGUCAGCUCUCACCUCACAGCAACAAGCCCUUCUUGGACACAGCCUUCCUCCCCGAGGUACCGGCCAUACACUGUUGCCCAUUCUGGAGGCUUUUCAGCUUCUUCCAUCCCACGUUCUUUGAGUAUUUCCAUCCCAUCUAGCUCACCAAAUCCUCCAGCCAUGGCUACUAGCCCUCCAGCCAUGCCAGUCAUCACAUCCAGGCAGAGGCCCACAACAAUGGGUCCACCUUUGUUUACUGCUUCACCCACCUUGCGCAGGCGUUCUUCUUUACUGAACAGGAUUCCUUCUAGUAUAUACGACAACCCUUUCUCCCUCCUCCUUCUUGCCGUUUCUGAUGUAUCUGAGGACAGUAGUGAUGAAGAAAAUGAAGAUGAUGAUUUUUCUUGUGUCCAGUUUGGGUCCAGUAUGGGAGGCUCUGGCAGCUCAAGUGUUUCCGAUUCCUGCAGUGACCACUUCACCAUUGAAAAUUGUAAGGAGACAGAGAUGCUGAACUACCUCAUUGAGUGUUUUGACAGAGUUGGAAUAGAGGAGAGAAAAGCACCAAAGAUGUGUAGCCAGCCAACAGUUAGCCAGUUACUGAGCAACAUCCGAUCACAGUGCAUUUCACAUGCUGCUUUGGUGCUACAGGGAUCCUUAACACAACCAAGGUCAUUGCAGCAGCAGUCUUUGCUGGUACCAUAUAUGCUGUGUAGGAAUCUCCCGUUUGGCUUCAUCCAGGAAUUGGUGAGAACAACUUAUCAGGAUGAAGAGGUGUUCAAACAGAUCUUUAUUCCCAUCUUACAAGGCCUGGCUGUAGCUUCCAAAGAGUGCUCCCUUGAUAGUGACAAUUUUAAAUACCCCCUUAUGGCACUAUGUGAACUUUGUGAAAUCAAGUUUGGGAAAACACACCCUAUGUGCAGUUUGGUUGUCUCUUUGCCCUUGUGGUUGCCUAAAUCUUUAAGCACAGGAGCAGGAAGAGAGCUGCAAAGACUUUCCUAUCUUGGAGCCUUCUUCAGUCUCUCUGUCUUUGCUGAAGAUGAUAACAAAGUAGUUGAAAAGUACUUCUCAGGGCCUGCAAUUACUCUUGAAAACACCCGGGUUGUUAGCCAGUCUUUGCAACAUUACCUGGAAUUAGCAAGGCAAGAGCUAUUCAAGAUCCUACAUAGUAUUUUACUGAAUGGUGAAACUCGAGAAGCAGCUCUCAAUUACAUGGCAGCUAUUGUUAAUGCCAACAUGAAAAAGGCACAAAUGCAGACAGAUGAUCGUUUGGUAUCUACAGAUGGCUUUAUGCUCAACUUCUUAUGGGUACUACAGCAACUAAGUACGAAGAUAAAGCUGGAAACGGUUGAUCCCAUGUACAUAUUUCAUCCCAGGUGUCGUAUUGACCUCCCAACAGAUGAGACAAGAGUGAAAGCAACAAUGGAGGAUGUUACAGCCUGGAUUGCUGAACUUUACAGGGAUCCGUCUGCAUUUUCUGAGCCGAAAUUCCCAACAGAAUGUUUCUUCUUAACCCUGCAUGCCCAUCAUCUCUCAAUCCUGCCAAGCUGCCGUCGGUACAUACGUAGACUGCGGGCCAUCAGGGAACUCAAUAGGACUGUUGAAGAUUUGAAAAACAAUGAAAGCCAGUGGAAGGAUUCCCCUCUGGCUACCAGGCAUCGAGAAAUGCUGAAACGUUGCAAGACACAGCUUAAGAAACUGGUGAGGUGCAAGGCUUGUGCAGAUGCUGGUUUGCUGGAUGAAAACUUUCUCAGGAGAUGUCUGAAUUUCUAUGGCAUGGUGAUUCAGCUGAUGCUUCGCAUUCUUGACCCUGCCUAUCCCAACAUAAAAUUGCCUUUAACUCCUGAAGUUCCGAAAGUAUUUGCAGCAUUGCCAGAGUUUUACGUGGAAGAUGUUGCUGAAUUUUUAUUUUUUAUUGUACAAUAUGCUCCUCAGGUGCUUUAUGAGCCCUGUACUCAGGACAUAGUGAUGUUCCUUGUUGUGAUGCUGUGCAACCAGAACUACAUCCGAAAUCCUUAUUUAGUAGCCAAGCUGGUGGAAGUGAUGUUCAUGACAAAUCCAGCUGUUCAGCCCCGGACACAAAAAUUCUUUGAAAUGAUUGAGAAUCAUCCUCUCUCCACUAAAUUGUUAGUCCCCUCUUUGAUGAAGUUUUACACAGAUGUUGAACAUACUGGAGCCACGAGUGAAUUCUAUGACAAGUUUACAAUCCGCUACCACAUCAGCACCAUUUUCAAAAGCCUCUGGCAGAAUAUAGCUCACCAUGGUACCUUUAUGGAAGAGUUCAACUCUGGGAAGCAGUUUGUUCGCUACAUCAACAUGCUGAUAAAUGACACAACUUUCUUGCUGGACGAGAGUCUGGAGUCCCUAAAACGUAUCCAUGAAGUGCAAGAGGAGAUGAAGAAUAAAGAACAAUGGGACCUGCUGCCCAGGGAUCAGCAACAGGCUCGGCAAUCGCAGCUAGCUCAGGACGAGCGCGUGUCUCGUUCGUAUCUUGCCCUGGCAACAGAAACUGUUGAUAUGUUCCAUAUCCUUACCAAGCAGGUUCAAAAGCCUUUUCUCAGACCUGAACUUGGACCGCGAUUGGCCGCUAUGUUGAACUUUAACUUACAGCAGCUCUGUGGCCCCAAGUGCCGUGACCUGAAAGUUGAAAACCCUGAGAAAUACGGGUUUGAACCAAAGAAGCUGUUGGACCAACUGACUGACAUUUAUCUGCAGCUAGAUUGUGCUCGCUUUGCUAAAGCAAUUGCUGAUGAUCAGAGGUCCUACAGUAAAGAGCUCUUUGAGGAGGUGAUCUCAAAGAUGAGAAAGGCUGGCAUCAAGUCGACCAUAGCAAUAGAGAAAUUCAAACUGCUGGCAGAGAAAGUGGAGGAAAUUGUUGCCAAGAACGCCCGUGCAGAAAUUGAUUACAGUGAUGCUCCAGAUGAAUUCCGAGAUCCGCUUAUGGACACCCUGAUGACUGACCCUGUGAGGCUGCCAUCUGGAACUAUCAUGGACAGGUCAAUCAUCCUUAGGCACCUGUUGAACUCCUCCACUGAUCCGUUCAAUCGUCAGACGCUGACAGAAAAUAUGCUGGAGCCAGUGCCAGAACUCAAAGAGCAAAUCCAAGCCUGGAUGAGAGACAAGCAGAAUGCUGACCAUUAAAAAUUCCCUUGCAGUGCACGCCAACACCAAUGGGAAGAACAGGGCGUGGGCUGUUCUGGUAAUAGUGGAGCAGAUACACUUUGAAAGCUGUUGAUGGGAUUAGCACGCCCACUGGCACUGCCUUGCAGUAGUGACCAGAAGCAUGUGGACGAGGAGAGAAGUGGCUUAAUUCUUGUACAUAUAUUUAAGUGAUAAUGAUGGUCAAUAACAUGGAGGACAAGCUAGGAAGUUGCUUAUGUUACAAAACUGUCCUUCAACAUGUCACAUUUUGGAGUUUUUACAGCUGAAUUAUUUUGGCAAAGAUGAAUGGAUCAGGGCAGCAUCCCUUCAACCUUAUUUUUUACAGCCAGAUAUCCGUUAAUUUGAUUGUGGUUAGAACCUUGGACAUUUUGCUGCUAAAGUAACUUUUUCCCUCUCUUUUUCCUCUUCGACCCAACAAACCUGCACUGCUGUCGUCUUUUUUUUUUGUAAUGCAAAAAAAAGAAAUCCCUGUGAAAAUCAAAAUCAUUCCCCUGCCCUCAAACGAACAUAUUCUGUGCGAUAACUGUGCCUGCAACAAAGUGUUAAUCUUGGGAUCGUAUUUUUAUAUUACACAUAUUUGCAUAUUUGGUUUUUAAUUUGUGUUAGACACAAGGAUAAUGUCAAAAAAGCAGAGACUUCACAUGGAUUUUAAUUUCUGUUCUCUGAGAUGUCCCUUUUCUUUCUGUUGAUCUUACAUGCUCUGGUAUUUUUCAAAAGCCUUGAGAUAGAAAUAUGUUAACAGCUGCCAUGAAUGAGAUGCUUCGGAAUACCUGGAUUUCAGUGACUUUUAAAAAAAUUAAAUCCAUUCUUUUAAUGCUGCAGAUACAACAUAUGCUACAUGACAGUUCUGAGCCAUUAGAGCUCAGCUACAGAGAGCAGAUCCUUUUAUUCUUGGAGGCUGCAGUUUGGGGCAGGGGUCAUUUUUUUAUGUUGCGUACCAAUUUGUAUCCAUGGCUUGGCCUUACCAAAGCAGAAAGGGUGCAGGAAAUGUAGAAUUACAUUUUUAAAAAAAAAAUUUAAAAAAAAUAUUCACAAACAUUUUUGUAUUACUGCCCCCUGCAUAUGAUACUUGAAUUUCCUUUUUAAAAAGGAUUUGAAACCACAGUGUUUUAAAAUUAAGUCUGAAAAAAGGUUGGUUUUCUUUUGUUUUUUUUUCGCUGUGUCUUCUGUUCAAUUCCUGACUCUCUUGAACUACAAUAAAUGAUACACACUCGCACAAAA